AUGGGAGGCAUCUCACCGUCCGACCCCUUACAGGGCGCCGCCAUGAGCCCAAGUCCACCACGCCUGAUGGGACGAGACUCGGUGUCGAUUGUGGAAACCAACAAAGGACUGUGGUUCGCACUAGCAUGUCUUGCGGGCGUAGGGCUGUGGAACGCGAGCGAGAUCGUCCUCGUCGUGUGGUGGACCUUCAAGCGGCGGCGGACGCUCUACUUUUGGAGCUUGAUGCUGGCCGCGUUCGGGGUCAUCAUAUGCUCGGUGGCGCAGGUCAUUGACUUCAGCCUCGGCAGGCACAACAGCAUGCUUGUGGUGGUCUUGGGCUCGGCCGGCUGGAUCCCAAUGGUCACGGGCCAGUCGCUUGUCCUGUACUCGAGGCUUCACCUGCUUUGGGUCGACAAUCGUAUCAUGAAUUUCCUUCUGACGAUGAUCAUCUUUAACGGGUUGACGAUGCACGGAGGCGCCUUUACGAUCAACAUUUUAGCGAGAGCUUUGCAGACGCAGUCGCUGACAAAAGCAUACGACAUAAUGGAGCGGACAGAAGUGACCGUCUUCUUUGUGCAGGAGAUCACUCUAUCCAUGCUAUACCUGUGGCGGUGCAGGCACUUCUUGAGGCAAUACGGACGGAGGAUGGAAUCCGAGGAGACCGCAGCGAUGAAGAUUCUGGAAUAUAUGGGUUACAACUAUGUGCAAAUCAAAGUCAAGGACUUCAUCUACAGCUUCAAGCUCAAGGUUGAAAUAGGUGCUUUGAACAGCCUGCGAGAUUUUGUGCGGCAGUUCAGGGCCCUGGACUCCAGUUUCCAGUUCAAACAGCAAAGAAAUGUCCAAGAAGGAGCGAGCCCGAAGAAGUGCACGUGGCAGAAGGCCGCCAGAUUCUGGUACCACGAGGGUUAUCAGCAGCGACAGAGGGACAACCCGUGGAGGCGCCGGCGGGUGCAGGGAAAUGAAAAGCUUGCACAAGAUGGCAAGUAG